AUGUCGACGGGCGUGGCGUAUUGGCAGCCCAGCAAGUACCUGGAUGCGCCGAAGCCGCCGCCGCCUGAUGCGCGCGACAGAGAGGAAGAGGCCGCUACAGCGACGGCUCUCGCUGCAGGCUAUGAAGGGCGACGAGCACGACGCUACGUACAGCGACGCACCGUCGACUAUUGGGGCACUGUGCCGCUAUGGAUGCGCCACCGCGCUUGCCGUGGCGUGGCGCGCCACGACGCGUUCCUGCGGCCCAGUCCGCACCAGGUCAUUGGGCUACUUCCGCCAUCUGCGUAUGAGGAGUCUGCGACGUCUGUGGCCAGCGUGCCUGUACAUAUAUCGACGAACAAAGUGCGAUGCUCUGUCAACAUUGUGCGCUGGCUUCCGGAGGCACGGCGUCUUCUGACGGGCUCGACGAGCGGUGAAUUCACGCUCUGGAAUGGGCUCAUGUUCAACUUUGAGACGAUUUUGCAGGCGCACGACUCAGCGGUGCGGGCCAUGGAGUGGUCGCAUUCGGGAUCGUGGCUCGUAUCUGCCGACCAGAAUGGCCAGAUCAAGUACUUCCAAAGCAAUAUGAACAACUUGCAGGCCUUUCCGGGCCACAGAGAUGCCAUUCGAGGCCUGAGCUUUGCGCCGGACGACCAGCGAUUCGUGACGGCCUCGGAUGACAGCACUCUCAAGAUCUGGUCGUUCGACGAGGCACAGGAGGAAUCGACGCUGAAGGGCCAUGGAUGGGAAGUCAAGUGCGUGCAAUGGCACCCGACGCAGGCCUUGCUUGUAUCGGGUAGCAAAGACAACCUCGUCAAAUUCUGGGACCCGCGCUCCGGGGUGGACUUGGGCACGUUCCAUGGCCACAAGAACACGGUGCAAUCCGUGCGGUGGAAUCCGGAUGGUCAUAUUGUCGCGACUGCCUCGCGUGACCAGUCGAUCAAGCUGUACGAUAUACGUGCGAUGGCCGAGCUGUACACGCUCAAGGGUCACAGCAAGGAAGUGUGCACGGUGGAAUGGCACCCGAUUCACCAUGACCUGCUCGUAUCGGGUGGCUCGGACGGCUCGAUUCUGCACUGGUCCCUGCGCUCCUCGAUACCCGAGUCGCCGAUCCAUGUCAUGCCAUCGGCGCACGAAUCUAAUGUAUGGAGUCUGCAGUGGCAUCCCCUUGGCCAUCUCCUGGCGAGUGGCAGCAACGACCACACGACGCGCUUUUGGAGUCGGAGUCGGCCGGGCGAGCAAAUCGAGCCUGAGCACGGCGCGCUUUCUUCUACCGACAGGACUGAUGGCGAUGAAGAUGUUAUUCCCGGUCUAUCCAAACAUGCCGACGACGUGCCAGACGUGGCGCCGAGCCUCGGCGCCUCGGGCGCCUGGGCUCGGCCUGCGCGUCGAAUCAGGCGUGGGCCGGGUGGGUGGUAG